GUGUGUCACGUGAGCCAUAUCCAUGGUAGCCGAUUUUGUCCUUGGGUGACGUUGAAAUGUGGAGAGGACGAUGUCUUUUACGAGAAAACCUAGUGGGAAGGCAUUAGAUAUUUUGCAGAAUUUGCCUCGUAUUUCAUUAGCAAACUUACGACCUGAACCGGGGACCAAGAAGGCUGAGAAGAAGCGAGGCAGAGGCCAACAUGGAGGAAACCGAAGUGGCCGGGGUCACAAGGGGGAGAGGCAGCGAGGCAACCGACCUCGUCUGGGGUUCGAGGGGGGUCAGACUCCCUUCUAUCUAGCCAUCCCAAAAUACGGCUACAAUGAGGGACACAGUCGACGGGCUCAGUACCAGCCCCUGACCCUGAACAGGCUGCAGUAUCUGAUUGACCUGGGCCGGGUUGACCCCACUCAGCCCAUUGACCUGACUCAGCUGGUUAAUGGCAGGGGAGUGACCAUCCAGCCACAGAAGAGGGACUAUGGUGUUCAGCUUGUUGGCGAGGGUGCUGGUAUCUUUGCGGCGAAAGUCAACAUAGAAGUUCAGAUGGCGUCUGAAGAGGCCAUUGCUGCCAUUGAGAGAAACGGAGGGAUGGUCACUACAGGUUUCUAUGACCCCAGAAGUCUUGCGGUCCUCUGUAAGCCUGUCCCAUUCUUCAUAAGUGGACAGCCCAUUCCAAAGAGAAUGUUGCCUGGGGAAGACAUGGUCCCCUACUACACAGAUGCUGCCAACCGGGGUUACCUGGCAGAUCCAGAGAAGAUUCAAAAAGCACGGAUAGCCUUGGCCCAGAAGUAUGGCUACGUUUUACCGGACAUUUCCAAAGACAAAUUGUUCCACGUGCUCUCUAUGAUAAAGGACCCCAGACAGAUCUUCUUUGGCCUCUCACCAGGCUGGGUCGUCAACAUGGCCGAGAAGAAGAUACUGAAACCGACUGAUGAUAAACUGCUCCAAUAUUACAGUUCAUAAAUGAUUCAAAUUUACAUGCUCGCUCUGUUGAUGUACAUAAAUGUCAUGAUUUUUUUUGUGAUUGUUUUUAAAAUGAAUGUCUCUGAGCCCAACUUGACAAUAGAUUCAGCUUUUCUUAACACCACUGAUCUACUGCGUGGGUUGUAUUAAAUGUUCAUAAUUUAG